AAUUAUGUUAAUAUAUGUAAUACUUACAAAUUGUGAAAAUAAUCUGCUAAUGUUCUAAAUAGAAAUAAUAACAUGGAUACUGUCAAAGAUGCAGAAUCAAAACAUGUGAUGAAAAAUAUUGAGGAAGAAUCAUCUGUUGACAAAGUGAAGUCUGAGAUUACAUUGUUUAAUCAUCAAGAAUUAGUAAAGUUAACUAAAACAACUAUUGGUAAUAUUAUUAAUAGCGAUCCGUUGUUUUCCGGAUUGCCUUCAGAUGUUACGAUAGAAGAGCUUAAAUCAUAUAUUGCAGUUGCACAAGGACAAGCCAUAACUUUAUUUUUAAAUCGUGGAGAACUGCCGAAGUUAUCAGUGGUGGUUCCUCCACAUGAUACAACAGUUCUUGAUCUGAAGAAGGCCAUAAAACGACAUAUGAAUUUAUCUUUGAAAAGAGAGAACAUUAAGAAGAAAAUAAAUUGGAAACACAUUUGGAAGAAAUAUCAUCUUUGCUUCGAAGAUAUUAAACUUUCUAAUAAUAAUGAAAAUAUUAAACUUUAUGGUGUUACUAAUAAGACUGAAUUACAUUUUACAAAAAGACGCAGAGAAAAGAAUAAAUUGAUAAAAGAGUAUUAGCCUUUUUUUAAAAUUAAUAUUUUAUAAUAAAUUUAUCCUUUGUAUUAUAAUGAAUAUCAUGUAUCAAUACUAUUAAUCUCAUACAUUAAUAUAUCUAGCAAAUGUCAUGUAUUAAUCUAUUAUUUAAACAUUAAUUUACAGUACCAUAAUAAUUAAGAUAGUACAAAAUAUAUACAUAAUUAUAUAAAUAGUACUUAAACAUUGAGUGAAUACAUAUACUAUGUAAAUAAUAAAUAAAUAGAUGUUUUUUGAGAAACUAA